GCAGUUAUUAAAUUUGUUAACUAAUGAGUGACGCAAGCGCCGGUCGAUGAAGCUCGGGCGGCGUGCGUACGCGUACAGUCCGUGCGCGCGCGUUGCACCGACACCGCGUCGACCGAGCGCCGCCCGCGCCGUGCGUUUCCCGCCCUCGCAUUUACGCGACAAUUACGAACCCCGCGCACCCAAUUACUACAGAGUACAGACUAUCUACUCCCCCUUUACCGACUACUUAUUCAACCGAGCGCAACGUGUUCCCGCGUUUUUUUACGAUAGAUUAUCGUAUCUGAGUUGUGAUAUCAUUUGGAUAAGCUACAAAAAUGAUUAAUACCAACCUCACAUAAGUAAAUAAAAAAUAAAAUCCGGUGAACUGCUUGAUUAUAGAUACUAUUGGAGAAACCAGAAACAGUUAACACAAUGGAAAACAGCGAUUCAUUUGCUAUUUAUGAUAUUAAUAUAAGCGAUAAAGACAAAAAAGAACUAAAAACGGAAAAAGUAAGCGGUGGAGAGAAAAAUCAUGAAACCCAGAUCUCGACUUUAAUAAAAAUUCAACGUGAGCGCGGGGAGCGCGACUACAUCGGAUUCGCGACACUGCCGGAGCAGGUGCACCGCAAGUCGGUGAAGCGAGGCUUCGACUUCACGCUCAUGGUGGUCGGCGAAUCAGGGCUCGGCAAGUCCACGCUGAUCAACAGCCUCUUCCUAGGAGACCUUUACAAGGGUCGGAAAAUACCAGACGUCCAAGAUAGGAUAGAGAAAACCACAACUAUAGAAAAGAAAACGAUGGAAAUAGAAGAGCGAGGAGUCAAGUUACGUCUGACUGUAGUUGACACGCCAGGAUUCGGAGACGCUAUUAAUUGCGAAGACUCCUGGAGAACUUGCUCGGGCUACAUUGACGAGCAGUUUCGGCAAUACUUCACCGAUGAGAGCGGGCUCAACCGCCGACACAUGCAGGACAAUAGAGUGCAUUGUUGCUUAUACUUCGUCCCACCAUGGGCUCACAGCGUAAGGCAGGUGGAUCUGGAGAUGAUGAGACGACUACACAGAAAAGUGAACAUCGUGGUGGUGAUAGCGAAAGCCGAUUCGUUGACGGCGGCAGAAGUCAAACGGCUUAAAACGAGAAUACUGGCUGACCUCGAGGAUCAUCAGAUACAGGUGUACCAGUUCCCGGAGUGUGAUAGCGACGAGGACGAGGAGUUCAAGCAGCAAGACCGCGAACUGAAGGCUGCGGCGCCAUUCGCGGUCGUAGCAGCCGACACCGUGUUGGAGGUGGGCGGCAAGCGCGUGCGCGGCCGCCAGUACCCCUGGGGCAUCGUUGACGUGGAGAACCCGCGGCACUCGGACUUCACGAAGCUCCGCACGAUGCUGAUCUCCACGCACAUGCAGGACCUCAAGGACGUCACCCAAGACGUGCACUACGAGAACUUCCGCGCGCAGUGCAUCUCGCAGAUAUCGCAGCACGCUAUGCGGGAGCGCGGGAAACUGAAGAGAGAUUCAAUGGGCAACAAUAGCGAAGUAGUAAUUACGGACACCGAUAGACUGCUACUGCAGAAGGAUGAAGAGAUUAGGCGAAUGCAAGACAUGCUCACUCAGAUGCAAGAGAAACUGAAAGCUUCCGACAAGAAACACGACAGUAUUAUAGAUGUAUAAAUUAUAGACUGCAAAUGUACCUCUAGCGUAGUGUUACAAUUUAUCUAUUUCAUUUAUGUUCUAAUAAAAAUAUUGAGAACCUCUUUAGAAAAAUUUGAUGAAUUUAGAUUUUUGAACAUAUUUUUUGGUUUGUUGUUAAUAUCAGGAAUUACUGCCUAUUUAUCUAAAAUGUACAGUUAGUGCAAUUUUUUCUACACAAGCUCACCGCAAUCAAUAUGAGCAAAGAGAAUUGAUUGUAAUAGAAAAGUAAAGUCUAAGAAAAAAUGUGCCACUUAGUUUGACAUUCAAACCAGAUGGCGCUGUACUUCGCCAUAUGUUAUGCGGUCACUGAAUUGUCAAACGUCAACUUUUAACAAUCAGAGUAACGUACAGCGCCAUCUCGUUUACCUUUCAAAUUCGAAGCACGAAAUUGUUUUAGAUUUAACGCAUCUUACAUCAAUGUAUUUUUGGUAUGAGUUUACCUUUACAUUACCAAUUUAUUUACGUUAUAUGUUGCGCUCCUUUUUGAGAAUCUCGUAAUACAUUUCUGAAAGACAUUCAUAACUCAUCUCUGGAACGUAUGGUUAUGUUUUUUUGCAAGUAGCAUUAUAGCAAGCAACCACACAAUACCUACUCGGGAUAGUCGGGAUAUUUACCUUGUAGAGCCAGAUUAUUAGUUCAAAUUAUCGUUCAGAACAAAAGCACUUUUCGUUCUUUAUCCAUUGUGCGUCACAUCAACAUGGCUUUUACUACGAUGCCUAGUGAUGCUUAAUAAGCUAAAAUUAAAAUUUAAACCAAAGUUAAUGUAUAUGAUAAGAUCGGGAGAGCACUUUGUGCACAAGUAGUAGUUCAGUAGUACCUAAAUGCUAAAGUAUCAAAGACUAAUGUUAAGUUGAAAAUUUUAUCUGUUACAGAAUUACUCAUAAAGCUUUUUAAAUAAAUGCCUACUAACGUUUGUUUCGUCAAGUUUACUAAGAUUUUAAAUUUUGUAUCGAUGUAAUUGUAUUGACACUAACAGUAAAUUGAUACUUUACUUAAA